AUGCCACAUUUUUACCUAAAAUUUUUAUUUCCCUUAAUUUUACUAAAUCUAUCCCCCUUACUUAUAAAAAGCGAUCUAUGUAAAUUUCCAACGGCAAAGGGGAACCAAACUGUUGAUGAGACUAUACCCCUAACUAAAGACAAAGAUUUUGGAUUUAUCCGUCUGAUAGCUUCCCCAAAGUUGGGAAGCUGUACAAUUGACUUUAGUAAGAAAAUGUCGCCAAUAUUAUGGUUAUCUAAUGGGGUGACUGUUAGUAAUUUAAUUAUUGGAACUGAAUCAUCUUCGGGCAUUUGGUGUAGUGGAAGUUGUACUUUGAAGAAUGUCUAUUUUGAACGUGUUUGUACUCACGCCGCAGCUUUCAAUGCAACAACAGACUUUACAAAAACUGAUAGACGUUCAUUUACUUACACAGUUGAGGGGGGUGCUGGACUCCACGCUUUGGAUAAAAUGUUUGUACAGUCUGGCCCCGGAAAGACAAUAAUUAAUAAUUUUUGUGGGGAUGGAUUUCAAAAAGUUUGGCGGUCGUGUGGGACUUGUAAUGAUGAAGUGAGUCAAAAUUCUAAACAAAGAACUGUUUUUAUAACAAAUUCAAAUUUUACUGGAAAAGGACACGUAAUUGCAUCCGGAAAUGCUCCAUAUAACGACAAAGUUUCUUUCAAUAAUGUCAAAAUAUUUGGUUAUAAAAAUCGUUCAACAAGAGUUGUUUAUGCCUGUGGAGAAGUUAGACCAGAAAUAAGUGAAGAUCAUUUAGAUACAGGAGCUUCAAAUUGGUAUUUACCUGGGCAUGCAGGCACAGGACCUGUUUGUAAUUAUCCAGCUUCGGCAGUUAAAAUUGUUAAUUAA